AGCCAAAAGCCACCACCGAAUCAUCGAUACACAGGAGCGACCUCAUCAUCUGACACACACGCAUCUUAUUAGCCAUCCACUUUGAUUGACUGAUCCACCGAUCCCUCGCCGCCGAUGACCAUGGAGGAGGCGCUCAUCUCGCCGGAGCUGCGCGACGUGCUGGCCAAGGUGGCGGUGUUCCUGCUCGUGCAGGGGCUGGUGUACCUCAUCCUCACCAACUCCUCCGACGUCUUCUCCAAGAACAAGAGGCUCCGGUCCCUCAGCUUCCGGCCCAUGCGGUCCAUGAGCGUGCGCCGCGUCCUGGCGCCGCUCUCCGACGUCCCCGUCGGCACCGACGACGACUCGCCCUCGCCGUCGCUGUCUUCGUCUUCGUCGUGGUCGUCGCGCCGCUGGGGUAAGCGCCACGAGGAUUGAGCAGCUUGGAGGUUGGAGCGGUUCUGACGCCAAUAGCCUGGUGAUGAACUGCCGUGGGUUUGAGAUUUCAGAAUGGUAUUUGUUGAAGUCUCAUGUGAGCUAGAUUUAGAUGGGGUCUUGUACAUAUGUUCAUUGAUUUGAAUUGGGAGGAUGAACAAGUAUUUGAAAAAUGUUGAAGAAGGGUUUUGAAAAAUGUUGAACAAGUAUAUGAGAAAAUGUUGACCAUGUAUAUAUGACAUUUAAAUGUUAUCAUCAUACUAUUAUGUUUA